CUUUGAACCUGGCUCCUGUAUGUAUUGUGGAGGAAACAGAUAGGAGGCAGUAACAACUCCAUAUCCGGACACUUUACUCCACGGAACCAGGAGUUCUACAUCCAACAACAUGGUCUUUGCACAUUUCCCUCUAUUUCUCAACUUUCCCUCACUUUUCCCCUCAUUAUUCCCUCUCUGACUCCCUCCAUUCUGUUUAUGUUUUGACUCCCUGUCUCCAGGCCUGGGGUUACAUUGAUUCUAUUGUCCCACUGGCCAGCAACACCCGGUGUUGUGUUUUGUGCAACUAUGCACAAGCUGAAAUGUGGUUACAUAACACGACGGACAUGGGCUGCAAGUGCUGUGUCCUAGAAACAGGGGCGUGUCACCUGCCCUGGGCUCCCUCCUACCUCCCUCCUGUUACUAAGGACUCUUUGAACCUGGCUCCUGUAUAUAUUGUGGAGGAAACAGAUAGGAGGCAGUAACAACUCCAUAUCCGCACACUUUACUCCACGGAACCAGGAGUUCUACAUCCAACAACAUGAGGGAGUGCAUCUCAGUCCACGUUGGCCAGGCCGGAGUGCAGAUGGGCAAUGCAUGCUGGGAGCUGUACUGCUUGGAACAUGGGAUUCAGCCAGAUGGACAGAUGCCCAGUGACAAAACCAUCGGUGGAGGAGAUGAUUCCUUCAACACCUUCUUCAGUGAGACUGGGGCUGGUAAACAUGUUCCACGCGCUGUGUUUGUGGACCUGGAACCCACUGUGAUCGAUGAGGUGAGGACAGGAACUUACAGACAGCUUUUCCACCCUGAGCAACUCAUCACUGGCAAGGAAGACGCUGCCAAUAACUAUGCCCGUGGUCAUUACACCAUUGGCAAGGAGGUCAUCGACCUGGUGCUGGACAGACUCCGCAAGCUGGCUGAUCAGUGCACAGGUCUCCAGGGCUUCCUCAUCUUCCACAGUUUUGGUGGUGGCACUGGUUCAGGUUUCACUUCCCUCUUGAUGGAACGACUCUCAGUUGACUAUGGCAAGAAAUCCAAGCUGGAAUUCGCCAUAUAUCCAGCUCCUCAGAUUUCCACAGCUGUUGUUGAACCAUAUAAUGCCAUCCUCACCACACAUACAACACUGGAGCACUCAGACUGCGCUUUCAUGGUGGACAAUGAAGCCAUUUAUGACAUCUGCCGUAGAAACCUGGACAUUGAACGCCCAACCUACACUAAUCUAAACCGUCUGAUUAGUCAGAUUGUGUCUUCCAUCACAGCCUCCCUCAGGUUUGAUGGAGCUCUGAAUGUAGACUUGACAGAAUUCCAGACCAACCUGGUGCCCUAUCCCCGUAUCCACUUCCCCCUGGCCACCUAUGCCCCUGUUAUCUCUGCAGAGAAGGCUUACCAUGAGCAGCUCUCUGUAUCUGAGAUCACCAAUGCUUGCUUUGAGCCAGCUAACCAGAUGGUGAAAUGUGACCCCAGGCAUGGUAAAUACAUGGCUUGCUGCCUGCUGUACCGUGGUGAUGUGGUGCCCAAGGAUGUCAAUUCUGCUAUUGCCACCAUUAAGACCAAGCGUACCAUCCAGUUUGUGGACUGGUGCCCUACAGGUUUUAAGGUUGGUAUCAAUUACCAGCCACCAACUGUGGUUCCCGGUGGAGACCUGGCCAAAGUGCAGCGUGCUGUGUGCAUGUUGAGUAACACCACCGCCAUUGCUGAGGCCUGGGCUCGCCUGGACCACAAGUUUGACCUGAUGUAUGCCAAGCGCGCCUUUGUUCACUGGUAUGUAGGGGAGGGUAUGGAGGAAGGAGAGUUCUCUGAAGCCCGGGAGGACAUGGCCGCCCUGGAGAAGGAUUAUGAAGAGGUCGGCACUGAUAGCGUGGAAGGGGAAGGAGAAGAAGAGGGAGAAGAGUAUUAAAAAACUCAGAUACUAGCUCAUAGGCAUCCAAAUUAAAAUGUAAGUUAUUUUUAAAACAUAUAUGUAUGGAUAAAACUCAUAUAUUUUGGUUUUUGAAACCAAAAUGUGAUAAUUAUUCACCUUCUUUUUUAAAGAAGACAUUAUGUUAAUAUGUGAUAAUUACCAGUCUCCAAAUUAAAAUUACAAUACCCACUA